GCGCUGGGCUGGGAGCGCUCUGGGGAUCUCAGGCCUGGCGCCGCGACCGGGGAGAUAGGAAGGGGACGUGAGAACAAGUCCUGCGGGGAGUCGGGGGUGGGGGGUGGAGACCGCUCGAUACCGGGAACCGGCCCCCGCGUCGCCUUCGUGCUCGAGGUAGCCUCUUCGCGCUGUCCCCACCCCCGCCCCCGGCUCCUCCUGCGCCCUGAUCUCACUCUGCACUGCCCAUCCUUCACCCCCUUACCACAGAGCCCUCUCCUGGUUCCUGUCUGCGGUCGCCUCGCCUCCUCAAACCUUUCCCGCCCCGCCCUCCUGCUGCCCCCACCCCCUUCUUCUAUCUGGACUCCCCUCUCCCCGCUGGGCUACUGUCACUCGGAACCGGAAUCCGUGCCUCUAUCUUUGCGUCUGGCCGCCUCCCAGCCUGUGCUGUCCCACAGGUGUCCGCACAUCCGGCGGCCCAUCCGACCGUCCCUCCUGGGGCUGGCGCUGACCAUGCCCAGCGGCUGCCGCUGCCUACAUCUCAUGUGCCUGUUGUGCAUCCUGGGGGCACCCAUAAAGCCUGUCCGAGCCGAUGACUGCAGCUCUCACUGUGACCUGGCCCACGGCUGCUGUGCGCCUGACGGCUCCUGCAGGUGUGACCCAGGCUGGGAGGGGCUGCACUGUGAGCGCUGUGUGAGGAUGCCCGGUUGCCAGCACGGUACUUGCCAUCAGCCCUGGCAGUGCAUCUGUCACAGUGGCUGGGCGGGCAAGUUCUGUGACAAAGAUGAGCACGUCUGUACCACGCAGUCCCCCUGCCGGAACGGAGGCCAGUGCAUAUAUGAUGGGGGCGGCGAGUACCACUGUGUGUGCCCACCAGGCUUCCAUGGGCGUGACUGCGAGCGCAAGGCGGGACCCUGUGAGCAGGCAGGCUCCCCGUGCCGGAAUGGCGGGCAGUGCCAGGAUGACCAGGGCUUUGCCCUCAAUUACACGUGCCGCUGCUUGGCGGGCUUCGUUGGGGCCCACUGUGAGGUGAACGUGGAUGACUGUCUGAUGCGGCCUUGUGCCAACGGCGCCACCUGUCUGGAUGGCAUCAACCGCUUCUCCUGCCUCUGCCCUGAGGGCUUUGCUGGACGCUUCUGCACCAUCAACCUGGAUGACUGUGCCAGCCGCCCAUGCCAGAGAGGGGCCCGCUGUCGGGACCGUGUCCAUGACUUUGACUGUCUCUGCCCCAGUGGCUAUGGGGGUAAGACUUGUGAGCUGGUCUUACCCGUCCCAGAUCCCGCCACCACAGCAGACAUCCCCCUGGGGCCCACCUUAGCCGUCAUGGUGCCAGCCACGGGGCCCAUCCCCCACAGCGCAGGGGCCGGUCUGCUGCGCAUCUCCGUGAAGGAGGUGGUGCGGAGGCAAGAGGCCGGGCUGGGCGAGUCCAGCCUGGUGGCCGUGGUGGUUUUUGGGGCGGUCACCGCCACCCUGGUCCUGUCCACGGUGUUGCUGACCCUGAGGGCCUGGCGCCGGGGUGUCUGCCCCCCCGGACCCUGUUGCUACCCUGCCCCGCACUAUGCCCCGGCGCGCCAGGACCAGGAGUGCCAGGUUAGCAUGCUGCCAGCGGGGCUCCCCCUGCCGCCCGACCUGCCCCCCGAGCCCGGUAAGACUACAGCCCUGUGAUGCAGGUGGGGGCUUUUCGGCCCCCUCCUUCACCUCCUCUGCUGCUCGGACUGGAGUGGUCUUUUCUCACCACCCCUCAGCUGGGGCGCACACACUGAGGGACCUCAGCCUCAUGCCAGAAAUAUUAUUUUUUUAACACACAGAAUGUAAGAUGGGAAUUUUAUCAAAUAAAACUACAGAAGUGCA